GCACACUUGGCAAUCCGCCGCCGAGCCUCCAGAAGCGUCAGAGAUUAAGUAGGCCUGCCUUUACAGGACGGUCAAUUAAUUUCCCGUUUAUCUUGAAAGUACUAUCAGGUGGACCGAAACAUCAGAAAUGAGAGAUGAGGGGAUCGCGGAGGAUAUGUUGAAUGUUUCCCGGAGAUGCCUCAGUGUGGCUUUCAAGGUAUAUAAAAGAAGUCUCAUCCGUCAUGUAGGAAAUUUUCUUGCUCAUCAUUCACCAUCAUUCAUUCUUUACACAACAUUGCAUCUUCUUCAAUUUCCAUACAUUUUUCUACAGAUCAUCUCAAGCUAGUCUUUUGAGUUUCAACUACUUCUUUAUCUACAUCAACAGCUUUAUCAACAAAACUCUCACAACAUUCAAAAUGAAGUCUCAAAUCCUCAUCGCUGCUCUCGGAUUGAUGUCCUCUGCUUCCGCAGCUCCAUCUGCAUCGAUUGAGGCUCGUGUUGCAGGUUCUCCCAUCGGGUACGGCGCGGGGACCACGGGAGGAGCUGGAGGAACUACAACCACAGUGACAACCUGCGCAGCUCUCAUCGCUGCAACGGACAAGAAGUCCACCGCGAAGAGAAUCGUCUACAUCGAUGGUCUCCUCUCAGGAUGUGGAAUUGUUGAUGUCGGCAGCAACGUAUCCAUCUUCGGAAAAGGUACCAAGUCCGGUGUAACCAACGCUGGUUUCCGUGUUCGCAAGAACACCAAUGUCAUCUUCCAGAAUUUGGCUUUGGGCCCUGCACCACCCAAGGGCGAUAUCCUCGCCAUUGACCAGUCGACAAAGGUCUGGAUCGAUCACAACAACUUUGUCUCCAAGGGUCUCGUCGGAGGCAAGGACGACUAUGAUGGACUCUUAGAUGUCACCCACGCCUCCGAUGGCGUCACAAUCUCCUGGAACAAAUUCCAAGGACACUGGAAGGGCUCCCUCGUCGGCCACUCCGACAACAACGCCGCCGAAGACACCGGCAAGCUCCACGUCACCUACCACCACAACCAAUUCUCCCAAGUCAACUCCCGCCUCCCAUCCGUCCGGUUCGGAACCGCCCACGUCUUCAACUCCCACUAUCUCGGCACGGAUACUUCUGGCAUCAACUCCCGCAUGGGAGCUCAAGUCUACGUUGAGGCUAAUGUCUUUGACAACACCAAGCUCGCUAUGGUCACGGAUCUGGAUUCAAAGCUCCCGGGUUCUAUCUGUGAUGUGAAUAACAUCCUUACUGGUACAUCCACUACGCGAAUCACUCAGAAGUGCACGCUCAAGGUCCCAUACUCUUAUACCGCUGAGAAGGCAAGCACUGUCGCUGCGUCUGUUGCUGCUGGUGCUGGUGUUGGAAAGGUCUCUCCAUAGAUGAAGAAUGUCUAAUCCGAGUUGGGGUGGGAUUUUCUGGAGGGGAAGGCAUUUAUUCGACAGGGUUGAGAGAAGACCCAUCGCUGUUCUUGUAUAUACAAUUUUUCUAUUCUUUUCACCUUGCAUAUAUCUCAGGUAGCACAUAUUCUAUUCAAGCUCAAAUUCAGCAUUUCAAGCAAGAAACCUAUUCUCCCUGACUUCUUCUCAUCCUCCUCCUGUGCUCGCCGAAGAAUCCCGCUUUCAAUUCCUCCUUCGAACCCAAACCUCGGCUCUAUCCGAAGAUGCCGGAGAGGAAAGAGAAAAAAAAAAGGUUCCCCACAUGUUCGAAAUAGAUUAACAUAAAUUGCCUUCCAAGAUCUUGGAAAACAUGGUAAACUGGGCCGCACGCUCCUUGGGAUUCGCGUACCUGGCUACUGGUUCCCAAG